GUGGGGGGCUGUGGGGAUUUGUGGGUAUCAGGUCCCCAACCCAGGAGGAGCCCUUUGUGGCUAGUGAACAGUGGGGCCAGUUUUCCGAAGGCCUCCCUUUUCAAACAAUAGAGCAGGUGGGGAGUGGGGGGUGACAGGCGGGCGCAGCGCUGAGCCCCCUUUCCCAUCCAGGAGGCCGGAGUCGGGGCAGGAGCAGGUGUGGCCGGGUGUCCCUCGGCGCCGAGCCACACGCUCUCCAAUCCUCACCGCCCCCAGCCCUCUUCACAGAGGGGACCACUGAGGUUUAGAGAAAGUGAGAGGGUCCCAAUUUGGCUCCCCACCGUGGAGCCAGCCGGAGGCGUCCGAGAGCUCAGGCCGCCGCUUCGCCUUGGCAUUUGUUCCUAUGCUUGUCGAUUUUUAGGGUGUUUUGUUUCUCCUCAAUAAAACCCACAUCAAUACCAAUCUAUGUGGCCCCUUUUAAAAAACCUGAGCUGCAACUCACAGGCCAUAAAACCCACCCUUUUCGAGUGCAAUUCAGCAGGUUUUAGUCUCUUCACAAGUGGGUGCAGCCGUCUCCCAGUGACAAACACUGUACCCCAGGAGCAGCUGCCCCCCGCCCCCUCCCCAGCCCGGGAAACCACCAGCCCCUCUCUCCUCACAACGCCGGCGGGGGGUGGGAGGCACAGGGACCCGUGAGGGGCCUUUGCGUGGUUCCCUCUUCCCCCUCGGCGGCUAUAUUUGAAGCCUGAGUCAGGGACUCGGGUUGCUGUCCGCUGUCCCCAGCGCCAGGGCCCCAUUUAACCUCAGCUGCCACAAAGCAGAACUGGAAAAGGAGACCGGUCCGGGGAGUGUGGCCUGUCUGCUUCCAGGCCCCUCCUGGGGCCCCGAGACACGCAGAGGCGCCAGGGGGGACGACACAGCAGGGAGCCCCGAGCUGGGUGUGCUGGGAUGGGCAGGGGCCCCAAGGUUGACGGGGCAGGAGACAAAGCCGGGCUGCCCACCCGGGCCGUUGGCAGCCACAGCCAUGUGCCGAGCCGUGGGGGUCGUGCCCAGGCAGGCGGGUGGGGGCCCUCACCCCCAGUUCUUGUCGUUCCUGUGCACGUGGGGCUCAGGCUGGGCUGUUCCGUGCCGUCUCCGCUCCUGCACCAGCAGCUCUCUCCACGGCGGUGGUGGUGUCCCUGGAGAGGCCCCAGCGGGAAGAAGUUCCGGAGCAAGCCCCAGCUGGCGCGGUACCUGGGGGGCUCCGUGGACCUGGGCGCCUUCGACUUCCGCACGGGCCGGAUGCUGAUGAGCAAGAUGAACAGGAGCCGGCAGCGGGUGCGCUGCGACGCCACCAGCCAGGCCAAGGGCAAGCCGGACCUGAACACGGCGCUGCCCGUCCGGCAGACGGCCUCCAUCUUCAAGCAGCCGGUGACCAAGAUCACCAACCACCCCAGCAACAAGGUCAAGAGCGACCCCCAGAAGGCCGCCGACCAGCCGCGCCAGCUCUUCUGGGAGAAGAAGCUGAGUGGCCUCAACGCCUUCGACAUUGCGGAGGAGCUCGUGAAGACCAUGGACCUCCCCAAGGGCCUGCAAGGCGUGGGGCCUGGCUGCACGGACGAGACCCUGCUGUCAGCCAUCGCCAGCGCCCUGCACACCAGCGCCCUGCCCAUCACAGGCCAGCUCUCAGCCGCCGUGGAGAAGAACCCAGGCGUCUGGCUCAACACCACACAGCCCCUAUGCAAAGCCUUCAUGGUGACCGACGAGGACAUCAGGAAGCAGGAGGAGCUGGUGCAGCAGGUGCGCAAGCGGCUGGAGGAGGCCCUGGUGGCCGACAUGCUGGCCCACGUGGAGGAGCUGGCCCGCGAUGGCGAGGCGCCCCUGGACCGGGCUGGGGACGAGGACGCCGAGGACGAGGACGACGACGAGGAGCCGGACCCCGAGCAGGAGCUGGAGCAGGCCUAGCGCAGAGGCCCCUGUCCCGGAGUGGCCCUCCUUCCACUCGGUGGGCACGGCCUGGGGGGCACAAGCCGGCUCCUGUGCUGACCCCGCCGCCCUGCCCUGAGGGUCCUCGGGGGCUGCUGCGUCUGGGCCAAGGCUCCCUGCCCCGGG